AUGGCGGAGGGCGUAUCUCUGGGCAAGGGUGCAUGGGACUGCGACACUGGGAAGGAAAUUCCGCCGGACAAAGAGGCCGAGGUGUUCGAGGAGAUCGCCACGAUGGAUCUUCCCUUCGAGGGCAUCCCCACCGUGCCGCCCCGCAAGGACCGCUCACAUAUGGUGUUUUUCUGCGGCGGAUGCCGCUAUCGCGUCACCGCCCACCCGGAAUGGACGGUGGCCAAGGUGAAGCAGGCGUUGUGGGCGGGUGGCAUACAGCGCUCCAAUAAGCCGCCGGAGAAGCGAGCCACACCCGGUCUGCAGCGCUGGGAGGACCUGGCCCUGAUCUAUGGGGGAGCAGUGCUCGACGACGACAACAAAUGCAUGGCGGACUACCACGUACCACCGGGUUGCCAGUGCCUGAUCGCUAUCGAGCGCGCAAAACUGGACAGCGGCCGUCCCGACCCCGAUUCCGCUUACUGGAACUAA